AUGACCGCCCUCAUGCGGCUGCUGGUCGAGGCCACAGGGCCGCACGGGGACGCCCGGGGGGGCGGCGGCGUCGGCGGCGGCGGCGGCGGCGGCGGCUCUGAGCCGCUCUGGCUGGCGGCUGCCACUGAGAGGGACCGCCGGCUGAUGGCGCUGUGGGCGAUUGUGCUGGCCGACGGCGCGAUGAAGGUGGUCAGCAUCCGCACUCUCGACGCGAGGGACCGCGACGACGCCGACAGCAGGCAGCUGCGGCGCUCCGCAAUCGCGCUCACCGAGGCGUUCUGCGCUGCGCCUGGCGCAGCCGCGGCCUUUAUUGCCGCCGCCGCGAGCGAGGAGUCGCUGCGGUUGCCGGAGGGCGCAGUCUUUGACAUGUUUCAUUGCCUGAGCCUCGUCGAGAGGAUCGCGGAGCCACUUAAAGCUUCUGCAGAGCUGACGAACCGCAUCGCCUCGCAGCUGGAGCCGUGCGCGAUUGAAGCCGCGGCGCUAGCCUUUGCUGACCUGCGGAUUGUCGCCAUGGCCGACCGUCGCGGUGGCCGCCCCCUGUCCCUGGGGCUCCUGGAACUGCUCAGCCACAGCGACGCCGGCGCGGCCGCUCUACUGCGGCUGCCGCCGGCCGAGGGGCUCGGCCUGUUGGUGCCCUUUCUUGCCCCGCGGGAGCCCGGCGACGGCUGCAGCGGCAGGGGCCGCGGCGGCAGUGCUGCUGGGGGGAGUGCUGCGGCUGAUGCCCGGCGGGGCGCGCCAGCUGGUGCGUCGAGCGGGGCCGAAGCACGGCUCACCGUCCUGAUGGAGGCGAUCACGGUCAUCCAAAACGUAUUCAAACGCGCGGUGCUCCUCGAACAGCACCGCCGAUGGCCGGGCGGCGCCGAGGCCGCGCCGCCCGGGUCAAGCCGGAGCGCGUCUGACGGGGCCCCGCCGGAGUCCGCCGCGGGCAAUGGCCUCAUGCAUGCGUCUGCCGUCGUGGGGGCACUCACAGGGCCGCUGAUCGAGGUCGUGGCCGGGCGGGGCGCUGCGGCCGGGUUGCGCGGCAAGCCCAUUUGGGAUGUUGCGUUUUACGCUCUGGAGGCCUUGGAGCGGAGCAUAUGGGUGGUCGUUUUCGGGGCCUGGGGGCCAGCUGCUGGUGCAGACGUGGAGUGGCAUGAACCGCCGGCGCUCUUUCUGCACCCCGGAUCAGCGGCAGCGCUCGCCACCACGCUGCGAGGCGCCCUCGAGGCCGCCGCGCACAGCAGCAGCAGCGGCAACAACAGCGGCGUCGCCGUCGUCGAGGCCGCCCGGCUGCUCUUUGGAGCCGCCAUGGCGAACCCGGGUCGAGAGCGCACCCAGUGGUGCCGCGAGGCGGUCACGGCGGGGCUGCCCUCGCUGCUGCUGCGUGCAGCCGUGCAGGUCUCCACCAAGCUGAACGGCCCCGCUGACGCCGCGAGGGCGGCCGCCACCGUUUGCCUCAUGGCGUACGCGGGCGGUGACGAGCCUUUGGGUUUCGAAAUGCAGCAUGUCAGGCAUGAUCAGGCGCCUGGCGGCGAGCCCCUGUCAGCAAUCAGGGCCCGGGCGCUGGAGGCGCUGAUGCCGUGCGCUGGCAGCGGCUGCCCGGAAGCUGCAAUGCUAGCAGCGGCUGGCGCCCUGCACGCCUGCCAAGAUUCGAGCAGCGCGGCGGCCGACCUGGCCGCGCAUCCCGGGGCCGCGACCGCCGUCGUGGGCGCGCUCCUGCGCUGCGCGGCUGCGGCGCGGGCGGCGGGCCCUAGCGGCGGCGGCGGGCGCCUGGCGGCCGGCGCGCACACGACUAUGCAGCUGCUGUCAGUGAUGGCGUUGGCUGUUGAUGAUCCGCGUGUGGAGGCGGCCGACGCGGGUCAGCAGCAGCAGCGCCGGCUCCCGGAAGCGGCAGCGCGUGGCGCUCGCGACGACAUCGAGGGCAUGUUCGCAGAGGCAGAGGCCGCGCUGCUGCGGCUGGGUGCAGCUAGGGAGCCAGGUGGCGCGCUGGCGGCGGACACGGCAGCUGCCCUGGGCUUCCUGCGGCGCCGUGAGGCGCCGUCCCCGCUGCCGCUGCCGGGGCCGGGGCCUCUGUCGCGGGCUGAUGAUCGGCGCUGCCUGGUGUGCGGCAGGGGGCGUGGCGACGGGGUGACGCUGAGGCGCUGCAGCGGCUGCAGGGCGGAGGGCGUGUUCUACUGCUCUGUGGAGUGGUGA